AUGGCCUCUUCACAACAACAAGAUCAAGACCAAACAGCUCUAGAUCUCAUAACCCAACACCUCCUUACUGAUUUCUCUUCCUUAGAGACAUUCGUCUCAAGCAUCCAUCACUGCACCACCACCCCCUCCACUCUAAGCCAACGCAAGCCACCUCUUGCCACCAUUUCAGUUCCUAAUUGUGCACCGUUGGUUCAAGAAGAUGAUCAAAGGCAUUACAGAGGGGUGAGGAGAAGGCCAUGGGGUAAGUAUGCGGCUGAGAUCAGAGAUCCAAACAAGAAAGGUGUUCGUGUCUGGUUAGGCACUUUUGACACAGCCAUGGAAGCUGCAAGGGGUUACGACAAGGCUGCUUUUAAACUACGAGGAAGCAAAGCCAUUCUUAACUUCCCACUCGAAGCAGGCAAGCACCAGGACUGUGGAGACAACGACAACAACAAGACCGUGUCUUUAAAAGCUAAGAGGAAGAGACAAGUGACGGAGGAAGAAGAAAGCUAUGAGAGUAGCCAUAAUAAUAAGGCUGUGAAGAGGGAAGAGACGGAAGCUCAGGGUGAGGCUUGUCCUUUAACGCCGUCAAGUUGGAUGGGGAUUUGGGACGGAGUAGACGAUACAGGGAUGAAACUGUUUGCUGUGCCUCCGUUAUCUCCUUAUCCAUCUCUUGGACACUCUCAAGUCUCAACUCGUGGUUAG